AUGACCGUCUUUGGUCCAGGUGAAGACUUUGACGUCUGCAUCUGUGGGUCCCCGACACCCCAGGGAGACGUUCUGUCCAAGUUUUCCUCUCACCUCCAGGCGAGCUGGAAGAACCAGAUAACAGAACCGAGAGACGCUCGAGAGGCUGAAGCUUCACCUGCAGGAGACACACCUGCUGAACCUGAUCACCUCAUCCAGAACGGAGAGGAUGCAGAGGAGGCAGUCGCUACGGAAACCAUCAGUAAAGAGGAAGCCGCUGAGAGACUGAUGGAAACGGAGAAAAUCAUCGCUGAGCUGAACGAGACCUGGGAGGAGAAACUGAGGAAGACAGAAUCCAUCCGUCUGGAGAGAGAGUCGCUGCUGGCAGAGAUGGGCGUGUCCAUAAAGGAGGAUGGAGGAACUCUGGGAGUUUUCUCUCCUAAAGGAACGCCUCACCUGGUCAACCUGAAUGAAGACCCUCUGAUGUCUGAGUGUCUCCUCUACUACAUCAAGGAAGGAGUCACCAGGGUUGGACAGCAGGACGUGGACAUCAAACUUUCAGGUCAAUUCAUUAAAGAGAUCCACUGUGUUUUUGUCAGUGAGACCAACGAGCAGGGAGAAGUGGAGGUCAUUCUGGAGCCGUUAGUGGGAGCUGAGACGUACGUGAACGGGAAGCAGAUCACGGAGGCUGUCAUUCUGAAGCAAGGAAACCGCAUUGUGAUGGGGAAGAAUCACGUGUUCAGGUUCAACCAUCCGGAGCAGGCGAGGCUGGAGAGGGAGCGCAGCGCCACAGCCGAGCAGCAGGAGGAGCCGGAGGACUGGAACUACGCUCAGAAGGAGCUGCUGGAGAAACAAGGCAUCGACAUCAAACUGGAGAUGGAGAAGAGAUUACAGGAUGUGGAGACUCAGUACCGUAAGGAGAAGGAGGAGGCUGACCUGCUGCUGGAGCAGCACAGACUGUACGCAGACAGCGACAGCGGAGACGACUCUGACAAACGCUCCUGUGAGGAGAGCUGGAGGCUGAUCUCCUCCCUGAGAGAGAAGCUACCAGCCAACAAGGUGCAGACCAUCGUGAAGCGCUGUGGUCUCCCCAGCAGCGGGAAGAGGAGGGAACCUCUCCGGGUCUAUCAGAUCCCGCAGAGGAGGAGGAUCAGCAAAGACCCCAAACGGGUCACCAUGGAGGAUCUGAGGAUGCAGGCCGUCAAGGAAAUCUGUUACGAGGUGGCUCUGGGAGACUUCCGUCACUCCCGUCAGGAAAUCGAGGCACUGUCCAUCGUCAAGAUGAAGGAGCUCUGCCGCAUGUACGCCAAGAAGGACUCCAACGAGAAGGAGAGCUGGAAGGCCGUGGCCCAGGACGUCUGCGACACCGUGGGCAUUGGGGAAGAGAGGAGCCCUCCCACUGAGGAGGGAGGAGGAGAAACGAGCGAGGGAGGACAGAAGGGAAAAGUGUACGACCUGAAGGCUCACAUCGAUAAGCUGACGGAUAUCCUGGAGGAGGUGAAGCUCCAGAACAACAUGAAGGAUGAGGAGAUCAAAGCUCUGAGAGACAGAAUGAUCAAGAUGGAGAGCAUCAUACCGGUUCAGGACGACGACAUGAAUGGGGAAGGAGGCGAGUCUCUGCAGAGAGAGGGAGGAGGUGGUCUUGAUGACAGCAAUGACCUGCCGGAGGUCAGAGUUCAGCGUCUUAUGGAGGAGGACCCAGCUUUCAGGAGAGGGCGCCUCCGCUGGCUGAAGCAGGAACAGCAGCGAAUCCAGAACCUCCAGAAGCAGAACAUCACCAAGAAACUGAGAGGACAGAACCAGAGCCAAGGUCCGAGCACCCCCAUCGUUCCCGUUCAUCUUCCUGGGACCGGCCGCUUCAUCCCUCCCCAGGAAUGCAAACUGAAGUUCCCCUUCAAAAGUAACCCCGCCCACCGGUUGUCAUGGGGACCAGCCAGCGAGGCCCUGCAGGCACUGGGUCUGGGAGGAGAGGGAGGAGGAGAAGAAGAUGGUGAGGAGCAGGAGAACAGAGGAGGUUCCCUCACACCUCCGCCUCCUCCUCAGGGUCAGCCUCCGCCCCUCCUACCCCUCCCCUUCCCUGCUACACCCCCACGCAUGCGCACACCCAGCCCUCAUCGUGCUUGGCAACAACGUAACCAAGGCAACCAGGGUGGCUUCCACCUCAACCAGCAGGGUAACAACCAAAACUUCCAGCGGCGUCAACGCCGCAACUCCCUGGACAGCUCCACCCACAACAGUGACCAGCAGUACGGUGGGGGUAACAGCGGUCACCAGGGGCGACUGAGACAGAGGAGGGGGGAGUCCCCUAGUGGAGGCGGGGAGAGGGGAGUGAGAGGAGGAGGAGGAGGGAGCUUCUACUAUAAUCAGCACCAGCACCAUCAGUUCCACCCCCACCCAUACUACAACAUCCACAAUGCACCAUUCCAGCCUCACCCCAACUACCACAGCCUGCCUCGCUCCGGACCCCUGCCUCUCCCCCCCGACAUGCUUAUUGGGGUGGGGCCUCCACCUGCUGGGUGGGGCUUCACCACCCCGCCCAGAAUGAGACGGCAGUUCAGCGCCCCGGACCUGAAGAACAACAAGGAGAAUAAUGUCAUGUGACACAGAGGCCUCUGAUUGGCUGCGGGAUCCUCAUGCUGUAAAGAACAGACCGUGUGAGUGUGUGUUUUCAGCACUUUUUCAGCAGAACUAAAUGGAAAGUAAGGUCACGCACAUCCACAGUCGUCUGUCCUGCUGUGUGUGUUUGAGUUUUAAUGGUCGCACAGUUUAGGUUUUUAUUUUAUUCUCAGUUGUUCGUCGUCUGUCGUUUCAUAUUCACUUAUUUACUUUGAUUCAUCUGAGAUCUGCUGAUGUUCUGAUCCUGAUCAGCUGUUUGUAACCUGGAGCCUUAAAGUCUGCAGGUGAAGAUGGUUCAUAAAGAUGGAGCACGUAGUUCAGUUCACAGGCAGGGUGGUGAGUUUAUGGGUCUACUGCAAGUUCAGCCUGAACAGCGCUUCCUAAUGUUAGAGCUAAACCUCUCUAAUGAGAGCUUAUUCAUGUCAUGUAAUUAAGGCACAUUUUUAAUAUUCAGAUUUUUCUAAUGUGCAAGCUCACAACCUGAUCAUUGCGCUGAAGAAUAGCUGCUAGAUUUGCAUUCAUUUUAAAUAAAUUCAAACGCAGUCGUCGUUUUUCAUUACUGAAGCACCGUUUGAACCUUUCAGCCAGUUUCUCUGAAGACAUGAGGCUGAUAUUUCCUAUUUCACCUGAAUGCUGCAUACUCAACAGCUGCAAACCAAAGAAUACGCUCUGUGGCGACUCCUGCAGGCCCCAGAGGGUAUGGCAUAUUUUAGGAGGAGGCGUGUAGGAUGUUUUUACCUGACAGGUGAGCAUGGUAAAGAGCUGUGUGUAUAUCUGAAGUUUAUCUGUUCUUCUUUAUGUUUCAACGGAGAUGAAUUUAAAAAAUAUCAUUAUAUGUGCUGACAGUGCCUUCAAAGUUACAGGCAAUCAUGGGAAAAUGAGAGUAAAUUGUCUUACAUAAUGGGAGAGGAAAACAAUGGAAGAAUCCAGGUAAUGUAGGGUUUGUUGGAGGGAAUUCUGGGAGAUGUAGUGAUACAUAUACAGAAGGCGGUGGAUGUGUGAUAAAUGUGUGUUACGGAGUAAUAGUUGAUGUUUCGUGGAGUUUAAAUCCUGCUGUAAGGAUCAGGUCCACUCAGAGCAAAGCAUUCUGGGAGAAGACGACAGGAAUGCCAAACUGUUUGGAGACUUUAGGGAUGUAUUCAUUUUAAGGAAAUGGUUAAACUAACCAAUAGGAGCGCUCCCUCCUGCAGGAAGGGGAUUGAUGAUGACACAAACAAAACAGUGUUUUGUUCUGGUAGCUCCAUAGAGCAUCUAGUUUCUGCCUUAAAUCCACCAAUCACAGGACAAUUCUGAAACCCACUUGUAGCGCCAGGCCUGAUGGGAAAUGUAGUUUUCUCCUUCGGCCUUUCUAACAGUUUCUGAUUAUUUCCAGUUUGAGCCUCUGAUUGGCUGUUUUACUUCGUGUAGUCAUUCGCUUUUUGUGCUGCAUAUUUUAGCCCCUCCCACAUCCUCGGCCAAUGGUUAAUGAUGUCAUCAUGUAUCAUGGUUAUAAUUAUUAUGAAGCUAUAAGUGUCAUCAUUAAUAUUUGGUUCUUCUGGAUGCUGCUAAAGGAGCUUGGUCGCUGUCUUGUAUCUUCCUCUCUGUGUGGAUGUGAUGGAGGUGUGAGAGUUUCAAGAUGAACUCUUUUUAUUUUAAAUUUGUUUUUAUUUCUUUAUAAAGCUGAUUGUUAUUUGCUGUUUGGGAAUGAUGAGGGGACCCUGAUUCCGGAACAUUCUUGAAUUCUCCUCACGGACUGCCCCGCCCACUCACCCCAUACCUUUGCACCAAUCACAUCCUCUGAGUCUAUGAUGUCACAGAAGAGGGUGGAUGUCAUCCAGGAUUUAAACAUGAUAUAAACUAUAUCGUUUUGGCUCAGAGCUCCUCGGGUUUUUUCUGUCUGUCUUGGGUUGUUGUUUCAGGAACCAAUCUCAGGAUCUACCUGCAGACAACACGAUGGCAAUAAACUGUCAAGAAUCAAAGCAAA